AUGGAUGUAGAGUCAUAUGUGGACAGAAUAUUUAGUAGCAUCACUUACAUGAAGGGUGUAGCUGAAGAAUUUAAUGAGGAUGAUGAAGGUAAUCAAGCUAAUGUAAUGAAUGAAGGUGAUGAAGUGAAUGAGGGUGAUCAAACAGGAAAUGAUGGAGGAGCAAUAAAUAAUGGUGGAGAAGCAGUCAAUGAGGUGCAUGUGCAACAAGACUAUGAUGAGGUGGAACUCACUCCUUUGGAGUUUGAUUCAUCAGCAAACAGAGAACCUAGUUAG